GAAAAGUCAAAUAUCAGAGGAAGGGAAGCUCUCGGUUUCGCGGAGGCGGAGCUUCUUCCGAUGCGCGGUGCGGCGAUGGAAGCGAGGCCGAACCCGCCAUUUUCCUCUUCCAACGCUUCUUUGACCUCAAAUCUUGUCCUUUCACAACUUCGCCACUAACCCAUGAAAUCUACACUGAAAUUUCUCCAAUUCUUCUUGAACCAGUUCAUACAACAAGACACUCCCUUUCAAUCUUCAAUUCUUGUUCUUGUUCUAUUUUUUACCACCUGCAAUGCCGAGUCUGCAACUGUUCUUGCGAAACAUACAGAUACAGUCGAAUGAAGGGUCUCAGAGCCCGUCGAAUGGAGACUCGGAUUCGAGUCCUGUUGUUUCGGUGAACGGGGGAUUAUUUCUCGACCCCACUUUGCCUUCUUCGUUUCUUCAUUUGAUUCCGUUGAAUAGUAAUUGUAGCAUUAUGGCGUGCCAGAGAGAGAAGAGGGUUUAUCGCCCCGGGUUCUUGUCGGUGAGCUUGAGGGGUGGUGAUGGGAUUGUGGAGGAGCCUAGCGUGGCCUUGUCGCGGAAAAAUGGAGACCAGAGCUCGGGCCCGAAGGAGCGUACGAGUGUCGUUUCUACCGAGAGGAAGAGGAGGAAGGUGACGGUGAGAGGGAGAGGCAUAGGUGCUGUGAACACCACUAAGCACUUGUGGGCUGGCGCUAUUGCAGCCAUGGUUUCGAGAACUUUUGUUGCGCCACUUGAGAGACUAAAGCUGGAGUAUAUAGUUCGUGGAGAGCAGAAGAAUAUUACUGAUCUCGUGAGGACAAUUGCAGCUACACAAGGUUUACGUGGCUUUUGGAAGGGAAACUUAAUCAACAUUCUCCGUACAGCUCCAUUUAAAGCUAUCAACUUUUGUGCUUAUGAUACCUACAGAAAGCAAUUGCUUAGAUUUUCUGGAAAUGAUGAAACUACGAACUUUGAGAGGUUUAUUGCUGGUGCUGCAGCUGGCAUCACUGCCACUGUCCUUUGCCUACCACUUGACACUAUUAGAACUAAGCUGGUGGCACCUGGCGGAGAAGCAUUGGGCGGUGUGAUUGGUGCUUUCGGAUACAUGAUUCGAACCGAAGGAUUCUUUUCCCUUUACAGGGGCUUGGCACCUUCCAUACUUAGCAUGGCUCCUUCAAGUGCAGUUUUCUACGGAGUGUAUGAUAUAUUGAAAUCGGCUUAUCUGCAUUCACCGGAGGGAAGAAAACGAAUCCAGAAUCUGAAUGAACAUGGGGAGGAACUGAAUGCUUUGGACCAGCUGGAGCUGGGGCCUGUAAGGACACUGUUUUAUGGUGCUAUAUCGGGUGCCUGUGCUGAAGCGGCCACAUACCCAUUUGAAGUGGUUAGGAGACGGCUCCAGUUGCAAGUGCAGGCAACAAGAUUGAGUGCCAUUGCAACUUGUGCCAAGAUUAUCGAGCACGGAGGAGUUCCAGCUCUUUAUGCCGGACUUAUUCCCAGCUUGUUACAGGUACUUCCCUCUGCUGCGAUUAGUUACUUUGUAUAUGAAUUCAUGAAGAUUGUUCUGAAAGUGGAAUGACCAGAACUCUACACCUUUGGCUGUCCAAUGAACCUGGCAUACGCGCUGUACAAUGAAUCGCCAGAAUUAGACUCACCUUCAGUUGGUGGGUGUUUGUCAGUUGAAUUGGCAGAUUGUCUCCUCAGAACACUUAUCUAAUGUGAAAAGAGAGGGGGACAAAAAAAAACCACCUCAAUCUGUCAGCCGCCGCGAAGUUUCUUCUCGUAUCUACAUGCAAGAGUUGAUUUAGUCUGAGUUUCCAUAUACCAGUAGAAUAAAACAUUGGAUGGCCACAAUUGCUAAC